UUCAAGUCAAUCAGAGAUCAAUUGACGAUUCGAGAGAAGAAACUCGGGCAUGACCUGAAGAAGAAUGGAUUUCUACCUCACUUUAUGGACAAAUAAUCAUGCAAGCUUGUUAUGAAACGAAAGAGGACGAGACUACGAGCGUCUGGGAUCAAACGGCGAUUGAUUCGGAGUCCGGACGAGGGAGAAACGAAGCAUUAAACAGAGGCUGAGCAAGCUGCACGGGCAGACCAGCGUGGCCACGCACGGCCGUGCAAGUGACCAGUUUGGCCGUGCGGGAUUGUGCGUGGGCACGCACGGGCACAAGUGAAAUCCGCACGGCCGUGCAACAUACAAUUCUGGCCGUGCGAGUUGGCUGAGGUUCAACUAAUUGAUACGCCGCGUUUUGAGGUGCACGGCCAGAAUGGUGAUGUGCACGGCCGUGCACCCUGGCCGCGCGAGUCGGGAUUUCCUGGUUUUAAGCCAAAUUCCGAACCAAAGAAGAGGGAGAGCUGGGUUUUGGAUCCCAAACACCCAAGGGACGAACCAAAGAGUGAGAGGGUGAUUUGAGGGCAUUCUUGGAGUGGAAUUGGAGGAUUUCUCCGCCUUGAAAGCUCGAGGAACAAGCCCGGACUUGAAGACUGAUCAUCUGAAGAUUCUUACUGCAGUCUCUCUCUUCUCUAUGGAGUAACUUCCCUUCACUUAGGUUUUGAGGAACCCUAGCUAUGUUUGUUUGAUUGGAUGAUUGUAUGAGUACUCUGACUGGAUAAUCUUGAGUUCAUAUUCAAUCUAUGCAUUUUUCAUGAUUCAAUUCUGCUUUAGUCGAGAUUUCACUUAGGUUUUGAGGAACCCUAGCUAUGUUUGUUUGAUUGGAUGAUUGGAUGAGUACUCUGACUUGAUAAUCUUGAGUUCAUAUUCAAUCUAUGCAUGUUUUCAUGAUUCAAUUCUGCUUUAGUCGAGAUUAUUGAUUCUGCUUUGAUCCUAUGAGAGGGAAUACCUGAUUAGGUCAAUAGAGCACCAUAGAUUGAUAGUAGUGGAUCGAUUGCUUUAGUCGAGGGUUGAUUCACUGCUUUGUAUCGAUUGAGAACCCCUUUCGAUAGAGGGAGUCUAGUUCAGAACGCCUUGAUCAGUUGUUCUAGAGAAGGAUACGUCCCUCUAGGCAAUUGACUCAAGAGGGCCUUGUUCCUUUAGUCGAGACUCAAGGUCUAGUCAAGGAUUCUCCGCAUUGUGAAUGAAAGUGAAACAGGUUAGAGAUCAUCAAUCAUUAAUCUGGCUAGUGGCUAGGGGGAAUCAUACCUAAGUGAGUUCCCAACCUGUAAUUAGAUUAACUUUAACUGUAGUUUGCUAGAGUAGUUUUAGUUCUUUCAUCUUAAUCUGAUUUGCUAAAUAAUAAACUGAAGUUGAGUAAUAGUAACUCUAGAGACCCGUGGAUUCGAUAUUUAUCACUUGAGCCACUAUACUGCAGUCCCUUUCAUUGGUUACACUUGGCCUUUGUUAGGUGUUGUGUUUUAGAGCAUCAAGUUUUUGGCGCCGUUGCCGGGGACUUUCUAGAGUAUUAGGAAAGGCAGAAGUUUGUUACUUUAGCGUUUUUCUUUUCUUUUCUUUUCCACCCUUGCUUUUCACUUGGGUGUUUUUGUUUUUGUUGGUGCAGAUCUGAAUCAUGGAUCCUAAUGGCUUCUCCAAUCAUUGGGGGUAUCCACCACCAUCUGGGUGGUAUUACCCCGAGACUCCCUGGAGCAAUCAAGGCGGAGAAGACUAUGGAUUCGGGUUCCAGUACCAACCGGACCCCUGGGCAUAUCAAGAACAACCUCAUUAUCAAGAAGAAUUUCAACCACAACCAGAAGGGCCAUCGGCACUGGAGUUACUCAUGGAGCAGUAUGCUCGAGACUGUGAGAGAAUAUGCUCCAGGAUGGAUCAGUGUGUCCAGGCCUAUCGUGAAACAGAUGAGAUCCUCCUGAGCUUUAAGAAGAGCGUCGAUGAUCUUGAGCGAUCUUGGGCGCAACCUGCUCCAGAUCACCCUUCUGCUACCAUACAAGAAGAGGAGGAGGAAGAAGAAGGCUACAAGGGCAUUGUGGAACACACUGAAGUUGUCACGGAGAGCUCCCGUGAUGAUCAUGAUCAGGCCUGUCAUGUCGUAGCCGACCACACCUUCCCACACCCCAAACUGAGCUUUGAAGAGGCGGGCAUGAGUGAGGAGAUGCAAGAAGAUCUCAUGAAAGAAAUUGCUUGGCAACUUGCUCUCCAAUCCGUGCUAGAAGAAGAAGAGCAAGAAAGGGUGCAGAAAGAAGUUGUGGAGGAUGACGAAAGUGAAGCUGGAGGAGUUCUUGAUCAUUUCCCAGGGGUGAUACCACAUGAAGAAGGAAGGGAGGUUGAAGAGGCGAUUGGUGUCCAGGCUGAGGACGAAGUUGAGGUGGAAGAGGCUUGCACCGGCCAUGAGUUACAUGUGAUAUCUCCACCAAACUUCGAGGAACUGCUUAGCAAGGACCCAUUUGCAGUGUCUCUUUGCCAGACCAAGGCCACAUCGACAUCAGUCCCUCUUGGUGGACGCGAUGGUGGCCAAUCGAUACUGUCAUAUCUGGUUUGGGGCAAUGAGACGAGAGAAGAGAAAAAGAGGUCUCGAGGGUGGAGACUUCAUCUGCAUCAAGUACAUGAGCCUUCAUCACCUGCCACAUCACAUGCUCGAGACUUGAGACUCCACCUCAUCGACGAGAACCUCAACUUCAAGGAGGUUCUAGCAUGGACCGAAACUUAGGAGCCAUCGUCCGGCUCACGACGUGAAAGAAGCGCUUGUUGGGAGGCAACCCAACCAGUCGGUUUGCAUUUCUUUCUCUAUUUCUCCUCGGUUGAGUCAGUUUUGUUAUUUGAUUUUAGAGUCAAUAACUCAACCUUUGUGAGAUUUUGUGUGGUGUUUGUGUUCUGAUUACUCUCUCUUCCUGGACUGCACUGCCUGACCCGUACAUCAUCAUUCACCCUUGAUCUGGUAACUUCGUUCAACCCUCCUUAUCUUUCCUCCAUUGAGGACAAUGUCGUGCUUAAGUGUGGGGGGGUGUUCGAUUAUGUAUGCGGGUGAAUGUUUGGCUGUUUGUGUGCUUGGAGCCUAGUCCGCUGUCCAAAUUUUUAAAUUUGAGGGCUCCAAGUACGUGUUCCAUGCAAUUGCCUGCUCAGUAUGCUUUGAAUUGACAGUCUUUACAGUAAUAUGCAACCUAGGGAGGUAGUGUAGCACUAUGGAGGAUGUUGAUGCAUUUAAGAAGUCUCAUUUCUUCUUCAUAUAAAGUUGGUUGAUUGAGUGAAUUAAUGAUCUUAGGACCCUUGAAUUGUGUGGUGUUGUGGAUUUUCUACCUGUCAUGGACUCUUGUAUCAUGUUUUGAAAAUAACAGGUGCUCGAAAAUGUGCUUCAAAAUAAACGUCUCCCGUGCGAAUAGGGCGAAAGUGUGUAAGGGGAGACGGGAAUCCGUUCCCAAUUUCCACCUACUACCUCCAGCCCCCUUACAUGUCUUUCCCCCGCACGAGGCUCGAGACAUCCGCUCCUGGCAUGGCCGGUAAGAGCAGGUUGGGACCCUUGAAAAGAAAAAAAGAAAAGAAAAAUAUCAGAAAACAAGCAAAACAAAAAAAAAGGGUCUCAACCAUCUUCAAGAAGCAGAAAAUAGAGCACCUUGAAAAAUGUGAGUCCAUGAUCUGUUGUUUUUGAGAAUCUCCUCAUCCACAAUUCAUUUGUCCUCUGUUCACUAUUUGCCAUGAUGCCGACUCGCCGAAGAAGUUAUGAGAUGACUUGUGCGUCGGUUGACCUCGUAAGCUGCUAAAUGAUCUAGGAAGUCCUCUACCUACGAUCUGGGUUGUUUGUUGCUAUAGAGGUCUGGAGAGUUGCAUUGGUUUGAGUUAGGUUUGCUUGGGGACAAGCAAACAGUUAAGUGUGGGGGGAUUUGAUGACUCGGUAUUUGCACAUGUUUUCCCCUUUGUUUCUUGAUUGUUUGAGCUUGAAUUAUUGCGUCUUUGGCCUAUUUUAUGCUAGGUUGUGUUCCUUUGUCCCAUUUCAGGUCCUAGCACAUAAAGUGAAGCAUAGGCGCAAGUUUCAAGUCAAUCAGAGAUCAAUUGACGAUUCGAGAGAAGAAACUCGGGCAUGACCU